GGACUGCCCGUGUGGCUAAAUAGCCUAAUUAAAGAAAAAAAAAAAAAAUAUUUGCAAAGCUUAAAAAAUGAAAAAGUUUCAUUUAAAAGUGAUAUGCCCGGUAGGUUAUUAUGUUCGUAUUUUGUUUACGGAGAACUUUAAUCUGUUGACAGAUUGAUUUUUUUCCAAUUCAUAUCUUGUGCUGGUUGAGUGCGUUCCGCCCCUUUUGAGCCAGAGGAAGACAGCCUGCGCAUACUAGCCCAAGUAAAGUAUCAAUUCUGAGGGGACGGACCAUGAGGAAGGUCUUCACUUGUGCGGAACUGCGUGCUGACUCGACGCUGGGCACGCGGUUUGGUGGACGAAAUGGCUGCAACAGCUUCUUCGCUAUACAUCUGCACGGACCUCCGGAAUAUAGACAACAUUAAAUGAGGAAUACGAUGGAUAAGUAAAACAAGCCAACUCCAUCUGUCUACCCAAUUUCUCGAUGCCCCCCAACAACAGCACGAUGGUUUAUGGCCAGAUACUCCACAGCCACGGCCGAGAGGAAGACCAGGUCAACCUCAACGUGGGCGGGAUGCUGCACAAGGUGGACAAGAGCACGCUGAUGCGCUUCCCGCAGACGCGUCUCGGACGCCUGCUGUGCUGCCACACCGAGGAGGCCAUCUUGGAGCUGUGUGACGACUACAGCGCGGCCGAGCGCGAGUACUACUUUGACCGCAACCCCGGCGUCUUCCGCUGCGUGCUGAACUUCUACCACACGGGCCACAUCCACGUGAUGGAGGAGCUGUGCGUCUUCUCGUUCGACCAGGAGAUCGAGUACUGGGGCGUGCAGGAGCUCUACCUGGCCUCGUGCUGCGGCAACUGGUACCAGGAGCGCAAGGCGUACAUCGAGGACCGCGACUGGGACGUGCGCAGCGACGACGCGCAGCCCAGCUUCGACUCGUCCUUCGAGGAGCUCUCGGUGCUGGAGAAGGACCUGGAGAAGUUCAAGGGCGCCUGGUGCGCGGACGUCCGCCGCUACGUGUGGCUGACCCUGGAGGACCCCGGCUACUCGCUGUCGUCGAAGUUGAUCACGGCGGCGUCGCUGAGCGUGGUGCUCACCUCCAUCGUGGCCAUGUGCGUGCACAGCAUGCCCGAGUUCCAGCAGCUGGACGCCAGCGAGCGGCCGGUGGAGGACCCCGUGCUGGCCAUCCUGGAGGUGGUCUGCAUCAUCUGCUUCUCGGCCGAGUUCGCCGUGCGGCUGGUGGUGGCGCCGUCGCCGCGCAAGUUCCUCGCCAACCCGCUCAACCUCAUCGACUUCGCCUCCAUCCUGCCGUUCUACAUCACGCUGGCCUUCGAGACGCUGGACGGCGAGCGCGGCGAGGAGGAGAGCGAGAACCUGGAGAACGUGGGCAAGGUGGUGCAGGUGCUGCGGCUCAUGCGCAUCUUCCGCAUCCUCAAGCUGGCGCGCCACUCGGUGGGCCUGCGGGCGCUGGGCGCCACCGUGCGCCACAGCUACGAGGAGGUGGGCCUCCUCAUCCUCUUCCUCUCUGUGGGCAUCUCCAUCUUCUCCGUGCUCAUCUACUCCACCGAGAAGGAGGACGCCGACUCGGACCUGGGCACCAUCCCCGUCGGCUGGUGGUGGGCCACCAUCACCAUGACCACCGUCGGCUACGGCGACACGUGCCCCGUGACCACGGCGGGCAAGCUGGUGGCGGCGCUCUGCAUCAUCUGCGGCCUGCUGGUGGUGGCGCUGCCCAUCAGCAUCAUCUUCAACAAGUUCUCCAAGUACUACCAGCGGAACAAGGCCAUGGACGCCAACCAGUGCCUGGACGAGGCCGACAAGCCGCCGGACAGCCCCUACAUGCACCUCCGCGAGCUGUACGGCCAGAGCCUGUACCCCUUCCUGGGCGGGAUCUCCUUCAAGAGCAGCGAGAGCAGCGGCGGGGACGAGACCGACGCCUCCAGCCUCCAGGACAUUGAGGCGAUAUGCGACGCGGUGGACGUUCCGGAAAAAAUAGGAGCCUAAGUAGCUUCUUUUUUUUUUUCGCCUUUCCAUUUCCUUGUUGCCGCCUGGCUUCUGUGGCGAGACACACUUUACCGCUGAAAGCACUUUGUUUUCCUCAGGGCUAAUAAAAUAUCUCAUCUACCAGCCUCUCGACACAAUGGCAGCGUCUUCUCAGAAUGCGGGAGAUGUCUGCUUACAUUUUCAGUUUGUGCUGACUGACGUUCACAGGAAAUGUGAUUCUUUCUUUUGUGCUGCGCCCCCCCCCCCCCC